UCCUCCGUACUCGCUCUCUCUCCGAUCUCAACUGUUCUCCACCCGAAACCCUCGCCCGCGGCCGCACCAUACCGCCGCCGCCGGCGGUGCUGAUGGAAGAGCUCCUCGAGGAGGUCUUCUUCCGCCUUCCGCCUGGCUCGUCCGCGCCUCCGCCGUCUGCAUGCCAUGGCGCCGCAUCCUCGCCAACCCGGGCUUUCGCCGCCGCUACCGCGAGUUCCAUCCAACACCUCCCGUCCUGGGAAUCUUGGAAAAGGUCGGCGCCCGCAUCGUCGCCAUCCCCGCCCAUUUCCCUGCCCAGACCUGCCAUCCUGAAUGGUAUGCCAUGGACUGCCGCCACGGCCGCGCCCUCUUCACCGAGUUCGGGAAGACCAAUGACCUCGUCGUCUUGGACCCCGUGACGGGCCACCAUCGCCGCGUGCCCUCGCCUUUCAACCGUCUGGCCUGCUACAGUGCGGCGGUGCUCUGCGCCACACAAGGCUGCGACCACCACGGCUGCCAAGAUGGGCAUUUCCUUGUGGCCGUCGUGUGCCGCGAUGCGCUCCAGGGAGUCACGUUGGGCCGGCUCUACUCAUCGGAGACUAACCUCUGGACGGAGCUCGCCUCUGUUCAUCACCCUGAUGUCAAUUAUACUACCUCUACCAUGGCCGCGCCUAGCGUACUUGUGGGAGAUACACUCUACUUCAACAUCCAUGGUGACAUCGAGUGCCAACUGGGCACACUAUGCUUGUCAAUGUUCGAGAAGCCCAUCGUUGGCAAUGGCACUCUCGUGACCGUGGAAGACGGGGGGCUGGGAUUUGCUGCACUGGUGGAUGUCACAAAUCUAACCCUGUGGUCAAGGGAGGCCGGAUUGGAGGGUGCCAUGGGAUGGACAAAGCUCAGGGUAAUUGAUCUUAAGAAGCUAGUUCCUGAUGGUGCCCUCUCAAUCCCAACACGUUUUGAAUUUGAUGCCCUCGCGAUCCCAACAAAAUAUAGGAGGUUGCCGCCCGGUGGACUGGAGAUUAGUGGCUUCGCGGAGGGCACCCAAGUCAUUUUUGUGUGCACAAGUGUUGAUUCCUACAUGGUGGACCUCAGGUCAGGGCGAGCGAGGAAGGUAACCCGUCAUGGCACAGAAUCAUUUCCCUACACGAGCUUCUACAUCCCAGCAAUGGGUGCGGCUUCUCCGGGCCAGGGGCGAUGAGUUUGUUAUUCAAGUGUCUUUCAAGCUCAAGUUGCAGGAGCAAGGGCUUCUGGAUCAAGUGGGAGGUGGUAAUAAUGAUGUUAGUUAUGGCACAAGUGUCGCUUUGAAUCUGUGAGAUUACUGCGUGUCUUUGCAUUGUGUUAAACAUUGUUGCUUUUGUGUUUGCAAUUUGUAAAGAAUUUUUCAGCCCUUUUGUGAUAUUCAGAAAUAUGGCAAUACCAGCAUGACGUGAAGAUGAUUUGAAAUGUUUGACACAUACAUCUACAACACCUUGGUUUAGGAUAAGUUUUUAUCUACAAUGGCAGUGAACUACCAGUGUUGCCAAAGGGAAAACAUUCCUUUUGACAUGCAAGAAGCUGCAGGCUACCUGUA